GUGAUCACAGAGAGAAAGCUUGUGAUGUGGUUCCAUGAUGAUGAAGAAGAAGAGAACAAAGGCGUGUACAUAUGUGCGUCCUUAUAGACGGGGGGCAGAGUGAGGGGGAGAGUUUCCUCCUCCUGUGUGGAUCCAGCUCUCGGCCUGACAGCAGCAGCAGCAGAGGUCUCCACUCCUUACUCCAGAACCGCAGUGAGAAGCCGCCAGGUUGUGACAGCCAUGUCGGCGGCAUGUUUUCGUCUGCUGCUACUCCUCCCCCUGGCUUGCAGCAUCCCCUCCCUCUCCAGACCCCCCACCAGAAUGUGCAGGCGGUGCUGUGACAACAUGGAGCCUUCGGCCACAGCGAAUUAUCAAAUACCUGAAGUUAAAACUGUCAUCAACAUGACCAUCCUUAAAGGGGAUAAAGGUGACAAAGGGGACAAAGGCACUCCUGGAAAGCCAGGUUCAGAGGGCCCUCCUGGCCAGCGAGGACCUAUCGGCCUUAAGGGCAGCAAAGGUCAGGCGGGAGCCCCCGGGGACGCCUGCAAGAUCCCCCAAUCCUCGUUCUCAGUCGGCCGGCGCAAGGCCCUGCACAGCGUGGAUUACUACCAGGCCUUGGUGUUCGACACGGUUUUUGUCAACCUCCACGAGCACUUCAACAUGUUCAAAGGCAAGUUCUACUGCUACGUGCCUGGGAUCUACUUCUUCAACGUCAACAUUCACACCUGGAACUUUAAGGAGACGUACCUCCACUUGAUGCACAACGACAAGGAGCAGGUGAUCCUCUACGCUCAGCCCAGCGAGAGGUCCAUCAUGCAGAGUCAGAGCGUCAUGCUCAAUCUGGCUCUGAACGAUGAGGUCUGGGUUCGGCUUUACAAACGAGAGAGGGAAAACGCCAUUUACAGUGAUGACGUGGAUGUUUACAUCACUUUCAACGGAUACCUGGUGGCCCCUAGCAUCCAGUGAAAGAGAGGAGAAACCUCGAUUCCAUCUGUCUUUAUUUCUUUAUACCUUUUUGUCUCCACGCACACAGCUCUGUAAAGAACCACAAUCAAAAGUGAGGAAAUUGCCACUUUUUCAAGAGAGGUGCUUUGUUUUUCAUUUAAAAAUGCCACAGAAAAUGAGAGGAACCUUUAGAAAUAAAGGUAAAAAACAGGAAAAAAAAAACAAUUUAAUGCUUUCUUUGCACUAAAAUUAUAUUCCUAAAAAUAAUUUCUCCUUUCAUUGUGUCUUUAUUCUGUCAUUCCUGUGAGGAAAACCAUAGGUUGCAUCACUCAUAUGGAAUCAAAUUUGUGCAAUCAGACUGAAGAGGUUGCAAAGUAGCUGUGAGGCUAAAAUCAGUGUUCGCUUCUUAAAUAAAUGUUUCUCUGGUGCUUUGUCACAGAAUUCUUAAAAAGGUCAGUUCAUCCAAAUUACAGUCAAAAUAUACUAGUUUGUCCUUGCUCUGCAUUGCUCAUACUAAUAGAUCUCAUUUGUUAGGCUCAGUGCUUCAAAAGGCAAAGUUUCCCUGUGGCACAUCAUAUUACUGUGGGAAAAUUGCAUCUGCUGUCACAACGACCUUGGAGCCACAGGAAGAAUCAGCAACUUUAUGGAUCCAUGGAACAGGAAAUAUGGAUUCGUCUGUCUGGUGGAAAAUUAUCCAGACACAAGUCAUUUAAAAUAUUUAGAUUGCAUCUAAAUAUCCCCUAUUCAGAAUAAUAUGUCAAAGUAAGUCUUAUAGUUAGUCUGACCUCAAGGAAAUAUUUUUAGUAUUCCAAUAUUAUAAAAACUAUAAAUUCCAAACAUGUGUGACGUAUAUUUAGCUUGACCUUUCCGUUAUUUAAAAUGAAUGAAUAAAUUAGGAAGCCAAGAAAAAUACAUUUCAAAAGUGCAUAUGCAGGGUUUGCAUGUACACAAUAUAAUAAACAAUAAAUAUUAUUUUGAUAAAUUCAUGAAGGCUAUUUCAAUAAACAAUCCUCAAAGCAAUUCAGUUUACUGAUUUACUAUGUGAACGUGUCUAAUGAAAUAUACAACAUGAAAGCUUUCUUUUUUAUUUUGGGAAAGUACAAAGAAUUAAAAAAAAUGAAUUUCCUAAUCCAAAAAAAACCCCACAAAAUGAGGUAAAGCAUUUUAUUUUCAAACUGAGUGUUUUAUUUGUGUGUAAUUUUGGUGAAUUGUCCAUUUUUAAGCAUUCGAGUGAAUAUGAACAACAAAGGUGCUGUGUUAAUCAAACAUACAUCAGGGUUUGAACAUUUAAUUAUCAUGUUUUUUAACAAAGGCACAAACUGCAGAGCAGUUUUGUAAAUAUUUGUAUAUUACAUGUCUUUUAGACCUUUUGAGCUGUUGUUUCUGAGCAGUGUGUAUUUCACUUUUGUUGUCUUUGCUUUGCCACUUUGUGUUCUGCCGAACUGCAAAACGAUUCUUGAUAAUAAAAGUUUGAAAAUCAUCAGCCAUCAAA